CUAUGUUAGUUUUUUAUACUAUAUUAAACUGUAACGACGUGUACGAGUAUGUUAUCAAUAUAAUAUUAAUGCGGUUUUAAGAACCAUAACGAUACUUAAAUUUAUUAAGCAAUAUGGAGUUGUUAAGAAUCAUUUGUUUCUUAUUUUUUUUAAUAAAAUGUGAAUCUGCCAGAAUACUAGCAGUGUUUCCAAUUCCUGCGUAUAGUCAUCAGGUCACAUUCCGACCAUAUACACAAGAAUUAGCGAAACGAGGUCACGAAGUUACUGUUAUAACUUCACAUCCAGCAUUUCCUAAGGGUAAAACGCCAGAAAAUUUUACAGAAAUAGACGUUCAUGAAGCAGGAGAAGAAAUAAGAAAAGAAUUUUUCUCUGAAGUGGUAAAAUUUAAUGGUUUGAUAGAGCAACAAACGAUGACGAUAAAUGUUUUCAGCCGCGCUAUGGAAAAAUAUCUAAGUUUAGGCCUACUGGACGAAUUUUUGAAUAACAAGACACAUCAAUUUGAUUUGGUAGUAGUGGAGGCUAGCGUAAAGCAAGCUUUAGUAUUUUCCCAUGUAUUUCAAGCACCAGCUAUUCAAUUGAGUUCAUUUGGUGGAUACCUCGGAACAUUUGAAGCUGUGGGAGCCUCAACUCACCCGUUAUUAUACCCAUCUAUAGUAAGACAAAGAUUUCAAAAUCUAACAAUGUGGAAUAAGUUACUGGAAUACUUUAAUCAUUAUUAUAUGAUGUGGAUAUAUUAUCGUGCCGAAAAUUAUAACAAUAUGGUCCUUAAAAAAUAUUUUGGCCCUAACGUUCCAGAAUUAUCAAAAUUGAAUAAGAACAUUGCCCUACUUUUCUUAAACAUCCACUCUGUUUGGGAUAGUAAUCGUCCUGUACCACCUAACGUUAUAUAUUUAGGUGAAUUGAAUAAAAACAAACCGAAACGCUUACAACAGGAAAUUCAAUCGUAUUUAGAUUCGUCUAAGCACGGAGUUAUAUAUGUUAGUUUCGGAACAAAUAUUAACAAAGGCAUAUUGACACAUGAAAGACUACAGAUUAUUAUAAAAGUAUUAUCUGAACUACCCUAUGAUGUAUUAAUGAAGAAUGACGGCGUGGAAGCUAUGGACCCUUCAAUUAAAAACAUUAGACUGUUCGAUUGGGUUCCUCAGACCGGUGUUUUAAAUCAUCCAAAAGUAAAACUGUUCAUCACACAAGGAGGACUGCAAUCAUCACAUGAAGCUAUAGAAGCCGGUGUACCAUUGAUUGGUAUUCCAUUGAUGUGGGAUCAAAUGUUGAAUGUCGAUAAAUACGUCAAAUUUAAAAUAGGACUUCAAUUAGAUAUAUACUCUUUAAAUGAAGAUACUUUUAAGAAAAGCGUAGAAACAGUUCUAGGCAAUGGAAGUUUUAGAACAAACAUAGAAAAACUUCGCACUAUAAUGAAUGAUCAACCUCAAACACCAGUAGAAAAAGCUGUAUGGUGGACAGAAUACGUUUUAAAAUACGGUGGCGAACAUCUUGGAUCAGAAUCAGCGUACGUGGAAUGGUCUGAAUAUUAUGAAAUCGAAUUAAUAGCUUCUGUUUUAACAGCCGUUAUUGUUAUAAUAAUAUCCGGAUUGUUAUUGAUGAAAAGGUUUCUAAGGUUUACAAAUAUUGAUAAAUGAUAAUGUUAAUUGUUAUUCCGUUUAUUUCAUACACAAUUUAUAGGCAUCCUUUAGAGUAAAUAUACAGGUCACGUCACAAAAAAAAAACUUUUUUUAUAUUAUAACUCCGUAGCAUAACCACAAGUCUUGAGUAAAUAUUUAUUAAUAUGAUAUAAAUAAAAUGUUAGUACUUUACUUAGUACUUUUAUAACAGAAAAUAUUAUUCUGAUAUUGAAAUAAAUAUUGGAAAAUAAUUAUAACUCACCUAUCAAUUAAAUGAACAUGUUGCAGUUGUCAGAAGUCUUCUAGUUUAUUUCAGUACACUCCUCUUACUUUCUAUAUUCUUUGUAAGAGUUUCGUCUUCUAUUGUUAAAUAAAGUUAUCUUUUCAGUUAUAAAAUAAGUUAUCUAUAAGAAUAAUCUUAUUAAAAAUACACAAUUUUUACGAAAUGAUCAAACUAUUUCCUGAAAAAAUGAAACAUGAAUAAAAAUUUAUCCUUUUAACCAUCUGGGAUUUCUCGCCUGACAAAUUUUAUACUUUAUUUUUUUGACAUUCACACCAUAAUAUUUAUAUUAGUUCACUUAAAAUAUAAAUAAACACAAUAGCAUAUAUAGGUGUAAAACACACUACAAAUCGAGUAUGCUAAAUUUGAGGAAAUUUUUAACGAGAUAAAGUUUAACAAAAGAACAUGAAAUAGAAAUUAUAUACUAUUAAAAAACUUAUCCAAGAUGCACGGAUAAAAGAUUAUUGUUAAAUAACAGAAUAGAAGAAACUUAUAAUGAAUUUUUUUGCACUACACACACUCAUCUAGUAAUACUAAAAAUAAUAAAUAAAAUGAUAUAUGCAUAUGUUAAAAUUAUAUCAAGAAACACAGGAGGAAGGAGGAAGAAAAAAGAAUGUAAAAAAACAUUAAAAGUAAAUAUUAAAGCAUUAAACAGCAAAUAAUAGAAAAAACGUAAUAAGGUGUUCAUAUAUAGAAAUGACAUAGCAAUCAAGAAAAUAUAUGUAUUAGUAUACCGAGUAAAAUUGAAACUUUAGAAAAAUUCUAGACUUUAAGAAGAGUUUAAGACAAAUUUUGACAGAUUUUAGACUGAAAUAAAACCAUAAUCCAUGAUUAAUUACACAAUAAUGGCUGAAUGCAUUUAAAACUCGUUGAACUGAAAAGUGUGAGUACAAUAUAAAAUAUUUGCUUAAUGUAUAACCAAGUAACUGUGAUAAGUUAUGAAGACAAAUAUAAUAUUAAUUAUAAAUAGUUAAAUAUAUUUUGCUAGCUACAAUAAUAAUUCGAGGUUUUCUACUCUGUAUUUAUUUUUUCGUAAGGAAUUUGCUCAGUUGGACUAAAUGAUUCUGUAAUCCGCAUAUAAAGAAUGAAAUAUAUAAUAAAAUAUUUAUUAUUUG